AUCCAUACCGGACGUCGCUCACUCGGCUGACGCAUAUAUAUGACGUUAAGUCCUGCGACGAUGUUGUAUAUAUCAGAUGACUAUUAAGUUAGCUGUUAUCAGCGCUACUGUUUUUACAUGCUACUUUUUUAACGACACCCUUUCUUUACUUAAAUUGGAAUGGGUGACCCUGAGAGAGAUGCUGAUGGCUUUGCAGAGCCCAGAAGUAAGAAGAUCAAGGAGACCGACAAGAAAAAAAGAUCCAGGGUCAAGCAACUCCUCGGCGAGGUGAAGAAACAAGUGGAGUUCUGGUUCGGAGACGCCAAUUUAAGUAAGGACCGCUUCCUGAAAAAGCUCAUCGAUGAGGCAGAAGAUGGGUAUGUUGACAUUUGUGUGCUGGCGAGCUUCAAUCGCAUGAAGAAGCUGACCAGUGACACCAAGCUUAUCGCCAGGGCACUGAAAAACUCGUCUGUGGUUCAGGUCAAUUUAGAGGGUAAUAAAGUAAGACGGCAGCAACCGAUUGGAGAUGUAUCGAAUGACGUCGACAGCCGCACCGUCUAUGUGGAACUUCUGCCCAAGGAUGUGACUCACAGCUGGAUCGAAAAGGUCUUCUCUAAAUGCGGAAGCGUUCUUUACGUGAGCAUUCCGAGGUAUAAAACUACUGGCCACUCCAAAGGUUUUGCCUUUGUGGAGUUUGAGACGUCCGAACAAGCAAGUAAAGCCAUCGAGAUGCUGAACAACCCUCCUGAAGAUGCGCCAAGGAAGCCUGGAAUUUUCCCCAAGACGCUACAUGGGAAGCUUUUCCAUCUGCCAACAGACAAUCCGCAUCCAGGUGGAGGCGAGGAGGAGAAGAAAAAGCGCAAAAAGAAAAAAAAGAAGGUGGAGACGCCAGCUGAAACCGCCCCGGUGCUGCCGAUGGAAGCUGAGUUGACGGAUCAGCAGCAGCUUAAGAAGAAGAGUCAGUGUUCAGAUGCUGGUGAAAUUUCAGAGAAAAAAAGACAACGUUCACACUCAGCGGAUGAAUCGGAGACAGAAGUGCCUUCCAAAAUGAGGAAAAAAGAUGACGACGUCUCCGACAGCAAUGCUCAUGUGGAAGGCGAGAGGGGUGUGGAGGACAGCAAAGAAAACCAAGAAGAUUCACUAGUCAAAGUGAAGCGCAAGCGUAAAAAGAAACAUAAGGAGAAGCUGAAAAUCGAAGAGGAGGUCAUCCCACUGAGAGUCUUGUCCAAGAAAGCAUGGCUUGACCUCAAAGUGGAGUACCUGAAGCUCCAAAAGUGCAGCAUGUCAUCCCUGAAAAAGUGCAUGACACAGCUGGACGGCCAGGAGUGCAGCACAGGGACGGAAGGGGGUGGUGAAACUCGGAGCGAAACAAUGGAGGUUGUGAGUCAGGGUCCCCAGUUCACAAGUGGCGUCAUCAUAAAGAUUACUGACAAGAAGGCGCUUCCAGGGAGGAAGAUGAUUAAGGAUACUCUUUCCAAAAUCUCCCCCGUAGCGUACGUGGACAUCCUGGAGGGUGACGCAGAGGGCUUUGUGCGCUUCCCCAGCCCAGAGGACGCUCAGGCUGUCAGCAAUGUCGGGGCUGAUCUGCAGAAGGAGCACAGCUGGCAUCUGGAGAUCCUCUCAGGUGACCACGAGCAAAGGUACUGGCAGAAGAUAUUGGUGGAUCGUCAGGGCAAACUGAAUCGUCCCAGGGAUAAGAAGAGGGGCAUAGAGAAGCUCAUAUCCAAAGCGGAGAAGAUCAUAAUGGCUCGAGCCAAGGAGGCCCACAAGCACAUUCGCUUCCAAGAUGACUGACAAAGGUUGCUCUAUUUUUACACAGCAGCAAGUUUUGACUAUCUCAAAGGUGUGUCAAAAAUUAUUCAUUUUUGUGAUGACUAUUUCCCCGUUGGAGAUGUGACAAUGUUUUUUUUAAUGUAAUUUUACAGCAAAUUUAAUUCAUCAGUUAUGUACAGAACUGGAGUGUGCAUUAAAGGGAAACCGCUUGUUUUGAAUGAUGAA